GCCUAUCAGACCUGGCGAGAAAGCAUGAGAAAUGGUUCCUGCAAAUUUGGAGCUAGCUGUAAGUUUGAUCAUCCUGAUCCUAAAGCUGUCGGUGGGGCUGAUCCUGCCCCGGUAUAUGUCAAUGGUGUCCCUGGUGGAUCGACUCCUUCACAGGCAAAUGUGGCAUCAUGGUCUAUUCCAAGGCCAUCGAACGAAACCGCUCCUUAUGUGCCAGUUAUGUCAUCAACUCGAGGGGUUCCUUCUCAAUUUUCAGAAUGGAAUGGAUACCAGACUCCGGCAUAUCCACAAGAAAGAAGUAUGCGUCCCUCAGCUGCAUUUGCAAAUAAUACAGCAACUGGAACCAGCAUCUAUGGAAACAAUCAGGAGAUGCCAUCGGAUGAUGAGUUCCCGGAGCGACCUGGUGAACCUGCAUGCAGCUUCUUCUUGAAAACGGGGGAAUGCAAGUUCAAGUCUAAUUGCAAGUAUCAUCAUCCAAAAAUUCGGCCACCAAAACCACCUCCUUGUGUUCUCAGUGACAAGGGCCUGCCUUUAAGACCAGAUCAAAACAUCUGCUCACACUACAGCCGAUAUGGCAUAUGCAAGUUUGGGCCAGCUUGUAAAUUCAAUCACCCUACUUUGUCCGUAACUGAUUCUGACAUAGACAAGCCGGUGGCUUCUACGAACUAGCCCUUUGGCUGCAGAAUCCUGAAGCCAAGCUUGAGUUCAGUACAUGCACCCGAUGUACCAUCGGCUCCGCCGGAUUUUUAGGUCUAACGGUAAAAGCCUGACUUCUAAAUCCUUGCGAAACUGUAAGUUAAAAUGCUACGCUGCACAUAAGUUCGUUUAAGCUAAAACUGCCUCUAGGCUUUUCACAGCAGCGUGUUGUGUGUUUUAGACAAAGACAGACUGCAAACCUAGGGUUUUUUUUUUUUUUUUUUUUUUUUUUUAAUUCUUCUGUUUCUUUUGUAAUAGACCUAGAAAAGGUGGGCAUGAUGCUGGAAUUGAGAAGGUGAAGUAUGGCUGGAUUGUUGUCCUAAAUCCACUUACCAUCA